CUUAUUAAAUAGAUUAGUUUAGAUUUUGUAUGCUUUGGUAGCCCUUCGUAUUAUAUAUCUAUUUUUAUUCUGACAUGACCUCGUUCUGCGCCUCUGGGUCCUCUAUGCCCCCUAUAUCUCUGCCGGACGUCGAAUUGACUCUGGACUGUGCCUCCAAAGAUGCCUUACAUAUCCUCAGACAGAUCAAGCCAGAAUGGUGUGAUGAAUCGUCAGCUGACGAAGUGUUGGUGAAGAACUUCGACGAUGGCAUCACCAACAAGGUGUUUGGGUUCCAUCUGAAGAGUGACCCCUCCCCCAUCAGCCACAAAGAUAUGGUGCUGUUCAGAGUGUUUGGAGAGAAGACUGAGAAAGUGAUCACAAGGCAAAAUGAAAUACUCACUCUAAACAUGCUACACCAAGUUGGACUGGGCCCUGAGUUAUACAGUGUGUUCAAGAAUGGACUGGCAUAUGAGUACCUCAAGGGAGUUCCUCUGGAUGCCAAGAGUUGCAGGGAUCCCAACAUCAUGAGACUCACAGCAGACACAUUCGCACAAUGGCACUGUAGAGUACACCCGAGUGAAUCCGAUUUUGACUUCUCCAUUCCGAUGCCCAUUUUGAAAACGAGACAGUGGCUUGAACAACUGUCGGAUCAUGAGGGCAUUCUGCUAGCUUCCAUUUCGGACAAAAGGUUCACAAUUGACUCCCUGAAGAAGGAGCUGGCUGAGAUUGAAGUGUGGAGUAGAAUAGACGAACCACUUGUGUUCUCACACAAUGACACUCUUCUGGCCAAUUUAGUCUAUAAUGAGAAGGAGAAUUCAGUGAAGUUGAUUGAUUAUGAGUAUGGAGGCCCUAGCUACAGGGCAUUUGAUGUUGGGAACCACUUUGACGAGAUGUGUGGGAUCGGUGACGUCAUCGACUUCUCCAUCUUCCCCUCCCCCGAAGAGCAGAAGCAGUUCAUCACCUUUUACCUAGACUCAUUUAACGCCCUCAAGUCACUCCCUCCCCCCACUGCGGAUGAGGUGGAGGAGUUCUACAGGAAUGUUGGCAAAAUGUGUCUGUUGUCUCAUUUCUACUGGGGAGUGUGGUCCCUCUUGCAGAGCACAAUCUCAAAAAUAGACUUCGACUAUGUACAGUAUAGUAGAGAUAAACUGACAGAGUACUAUACAAGGAAAGAAGCAUUUUUGAAUCUGUAAAUUUCAAUUGUUUUAUACUGAAUUUAACUGUACAUCAAGAAUUUCUAUUUCGAAGAAAUAUUUUGGUAAUUGGAUUUU